UAUUUGCAUGUAUAUGCAACCACACUUAAGUUGCGGUCCUCGGCAUGUGCUGUGAGUAUCAUUGUGGCCCCCAGAGUUUCCCACGUUGAGUAACACUGCUCUAAAACAUUGUUUUUCCUCCUAAACCCUGUAAGAUCAGAAUCAUCCAUUUUGCAGGUGGUGAAACUGGAUGCAAAAGAGCUAAGUGUGCAACAACCCUGCAACACCAAAAACUGUACAGAACCCAGCUAGCUACGCAGCAACCACAAACCAAUACACACAGCCCACUGCUCAAGGGCUAUAAUAAACCACUUACUGUACACAGCCCUGUACUCAUGAGCAACCUACAAACAACCAAACAUAUGCUAGUAGGGAAUAUAGAGAUUUCUGCUCUAAGAUUUAAAGAGCUUAUUAGAAACAACAGGAGUACACAAGAAAAAAAAACCCUCUAUUUCAAAAUGACUGAUGGUACCUCAAGGUACCUCAGGCCUUUUAAUGCUGGGUGGACUCCUAGGCUCUGUGGCUCGGGGAUAUGUCAGCAGGGGAGGAGACUCAUUUUGUUGUGGUAGGUCCCUAUAGUUUGGUGCUGUCUGUUGUCCAUAAUGAGCAAUGACACUUUCUAUUUUAGAUGAGCAAUGAUGACAGCACCAACUGAUGUGGGUUUCAGGCAGAGAGCUGGAUACACGAUUACUCAGAAAACAAGCAGAGCAAGCAACACUUAUUUUCCCCUGGCUCCAUAAACCAGAAGUUAUUUUUCUUCUGGAGUCUAAAGGUAAUGUAAACCCAGACUACUAGCUUUUAGCUAUUUCCAGGCGCAACUGCUACAAAGAGCAAUUAGGCUCUUUUCACAGAGAAGCUUGGCUGGCAUUUGUAUGCUAUCACCUCAUCAGACAUGCUGACCAGGCUCUGAGGCAAGGCAUUCAUAGGUGCUUUCCUCUUGAUUCCCAAAUAACCUCAAACACCACCAAGAAAUCCCUCCCGUUAAACUAUUCAGAGUAGACAGCUGGUGCCAGAAACAGAACUGGGAAAGGUACUUGCUUUGUUAGGAGACUGCUCCUCAGCAGGGUUUACUGACUUGCUUGCCAGCAGACUGGAAGCUGUGCCACUGGGAGAGACUGAGAGAUGGCUGAAGGGGAAAUAACAACGUUCACCGCCCUGACCGAAAAAUUCAACCUUCCCCUGGGGAAUUACAAGAAUCCCAAACUCUUAUAUUGCAGCAAUGGAGGCUACUUCUUGAGGAUACAUCCAGAUGGCAAAGUAGAUGGGACAAGGGACCGAAGUGACCAACACAUUCAGCUGCAGCUAAGUGCGGAAAGCGUGGGUGAGGUAUAUAUAAAGAGCACUGAGUCUGGACAGUUUUUGGCUAUGGACGCCAAUGGACUUUUAUAUGGAUCACUGUCACCGAGUGAGGAAUGCUUAUUCUUGGAAAGAAUGGAAGAAAAUCAUUAUAACACCUACAUCUCCAAGAAGCAUGCAGACAAGAACUGGUUCGUUGGCUUAAAGAAGAAUGGAAGCUGCAAACUGGGACCGCGGACGCACUACGGCCAAAAGGCCGUCCUUUUCCUUCCACUGCCAGUGUCAGCUGAUUAAGAAAAGUAUCCCGGGUGCCAUAAAAAUACCCCGAGUCUUAAGUCCCAACUACUUUUCCUUCUCUCUCUCUCUUUCACUGGGCAGUGUGACAGCUUCAUUUUAGACCCAGACAUUUUAAAUCUAAAUGCUUUAAAAAAAAUAGCGCAACUUAAUUUUGCACUAACCAAGUUUAAUGGGGAGGUGAGGAAAAGCUUGUAAAGCAAUGGGCAGGCUGUCCCUCCACUGCAUUCUUCCAGACAGGUCUCCAUUGUCAUACCCGCACAAUAGAAAGCAUGUGUGAGGCAUGUUUGAGGCAAAAUGUGUGCACUGAAAAAUGCAAAAUGACUCCAGAGAAUAUGCAUAAACUCUUGUUUCAAAGGGACCAGACAGGUACAUUAUUGCUCUAAACUUAUGGCUUACUGUAACACUAACCAAGAAGUUAUUACCAGGGGAAUAUAUACAUCUAGGGAGAGUAAGUGCAAGUUCUAUAUUCCCAUAAAAGUGAAAUUCCCCUGGAAUACAUAGGUAUUUUCAUGUAAUCUAGAUAGUAUCUAAUAUACACUUCAAAAAAAUUAAAACUGCAUUAGUAUGCAAUUUGUCAAUUGAAAAUAUAAUCAAGAAUGCUGCAAAUAUUCUACUUCUGUACAACUUAACUAUGACACGUGCUCUUGAAAACUAGACAUCUAAACCUGUCACAUGCUAUGGGUUGAACCUCUCUAGUCCAGCUCUCCCUGGACUUGACUGGUGCUGAACCAGAGAAUUUGUGAAACCAUGGGAG